GUAACCAACUUCCAGGUGGUGAUCUGAACAUACAUUGAGACUGCACGUCUGCAUCCACUGAAUUGGUUGGAAGUAUACGGCAAAGCUUUGCCGUUAUACUGACGUGGACAUCAAUUAGAAACAGUCCCAAAACUCGGUUACCCAAAGGUAUCUGGUAAGUCCAUAUACGCAGCACGUUCGUUGUCAUGUUAUUUAUCCCAUUCAGGUAUUUAUUUUAUCAGUACCGAGACGUAUUUUACGUCUAAUGCUGAAAACCAGAUUUUAGCAACCUGAAUCAAAACACAGACGCACUGAUAGGCGGAUUAAGGGUGUGUUCAUGGAGACCAUUCUGCGCAGAUACUGUGCAGAAUCUGACCAAUUCUUAGAAGAUCAUUGGCUAAACUGGUCAGAUUCUGCACAGAAGCUGCGCAGAAUGAUCUGAAAUCACCGUCAGUUUUUCUUUUUCACUUCAAUGCGCAAGCGCAGCAGUGAAAAGGUGGAGCGAUGCUGGCAAAUUGUCUUUCUUUUUCACUUCAAUGCGCAAACGGCGCUGGGAAAUGACGUGUUUCUUUUUCACUUCAAUGCGCAAGCGCAGCUGGGAAAUGACGUCUUUCUUUUUCACUUAAGUUCAAGGCGCAAUUUGAGGAAGUUACACGCCAUUAUUAUUAUUUAUUUUAUUUGUUUGCCGGACACAUUUUCUCCAUUAUUGUGCUCGUGGGUUUAUAAUGUGUGUCAGCAGCGGCCACGAGAAACUCACCUGUUUACAGAUUAAGGGGAUAAUUUGUUUUUAAUUGAAAGCUCUUCGGAGAUUAUUUAUAGUACACACAGAACAAACUGAUUGUGCGAUUUUAAGUUUAACCGACUUUCAAUUGAAAUGUGACACUGUGAGAGACGAGACAGGAGGUGAUGUUUAUACAUACCUUUUAGCAAUACAAGCAAAUACAGGAUAUCAGUUUUGUACAACAGCAAGUAACGGUACCUUACUGUCAGUGUUGUGCUCUUUAUUGGUGUGUCACAUGACUGCAUGUACUGCUUGCCAAACUUGUACUGUACUAGGUCCAAGCACUAGUUAAAGUGUAUCUGGACACCGACACAUAUCUGUCUUUUGAAAAUGCAUUCAAAUAGGGAAAGCAACAACUGGGAAUGGGACAACCCGCAUAACCGGGCCCUGUUAGACGAGGUGUUUUUCAGAGAGCAGGAUUACAUUAGGGCGAGGAGCGAAGAGCACAAGGAGUUCUGGAAGUUUUUCGAAAGGUUCCAGCGGUUUCAGGAGAAGAGGGAGGCAGCGGGCAGGAGCGGCAAGCGCAGAGAAGACGAGGGGGGAAAGGGACAGGGCCAAGGGAAAAAGAAAGCAAGCUCCGUCGAUCUUGGGCUGCCAAAAGAAUAUGACCCCAGGUACCGGAUCAACUUGUCUGUGCGUACCAAGGACAUUGAAGAACGACACAGUAGCCGCCACAGAAGGGAGGAAAAGACAGGCGUGGGGAAACAGGAGGUAUCUGCCUGUCGCUUGGGAUUGCUCCACUUCAUAGACUUCACCCAAAAGCAGAGUUUCGGCAAGCUGGCGAAACUUAAGAAGGAGCAAAGGAACCUGCCCAUUUUUCAGUACCGGGACAAGAUUGUGGAUAUGGUGAGGGCUCACCCCGUGGUGGUGGUGGCUGGGGACACCGGCUGUGGAAAAUCCACGCAGGUGCCCCAGUAUCUGCUGUCCGCCGGCUUUAGCCACAUUGCUUGCACCCAGCCUCGCCGCAUUGCCUGCAUUUCCCUGGCUAAGAGAGUGAGCUUCGAGAGUCUGAACCAGUACGGUUCAAAGGUGGGCUACCAGAUUCGCUUCGAGACAACACGGACCCCUGCCACCAAGAUGGUGUUCCUGACAGAGGGCCUGCUGCUUAGGCAAAUCCAGCAGGACGCCACCUUGCCACAGUACGAGGUAGUGAUCGUGGACGAGGUGCAUGAGAGGCACCUGCACUGUGACUUCCUGCUGGGUGUCCUUCGCACCCUGAUAUCUCUGCGCUCGGACCUCAAGAUCAUCCUCAUGUCUGCCACCAUCAACAUCAAGCUGUUCUCCAAGUAUUUCGGCAGCGCCCCUGUGAUACAGGUCCCAGGACGGCUCUACCCUAUACAGGUGAUCUACCAGCCCAUUCCCCAGGAGGAGCAGCCCUCUCGCUCUGAGAAGCUGGACCCCCGGCCCUACCUGCGUGUCCUGCAGGGGAUCGACCACACGUACCCCCCCGAGGAGCGUGGAGACCUGCUGCUGUUCCUGAGCGGAGUUGCAGAGAUCUCCACCGUCCUGGAGGCAGCGCAGGCCUACGCCACGCACACGCGCAACUGGAUCGUCCUGCCGCUUCACAGCACCCUCUCCGUGACAGACCAGGACAAGGUAUUUGAUAUUUCACCCCCAGGGGUUCGGAAAUGCAUCAUUUCAACCAACAUCGCAGAGACAUCAGUAACUAUAGAUGGGGUGCGCUUUGUGGUUGAUUCAGGGAAGGUUAAGGAGAUGAGCUUUGACCCCAAGGCUAAGAUGCAGCGGCUGCAGGAGUUCUGGAUCAGCCGGGCCAGCUCGGAGCAGAGGAAGGGGCGAGCAGGGAGGACCGGGCCGGGGGUCUGCUACCGGCUGUACGCAGAGUCCGAUUACGAAGCCUUCUCCCCUUACCCCAUCCCAGAGAUCCAAAGGGUGGCCCUCGACUCCCUCGUCUUGCAGAUGAAGAGUAUGAACCUGGGAGACCCACGCACCUUUCCCUUCAUCGACCCUCCCCCAGCCUCCAGUAUAGAGACUGCCCUCCACUACCUGAGGGAGCAGGGUGCUUUGGACAGCCAGGGAGAGCUCACCCCCAUUGGGAGCCUGCUCGCUCAGCUGCCGGUAGAUGUGGUCAUCGGGAAGAUGUUGGUCCUGGGAUGUUUGUUCAGCGUGGUGGAGCCCGUUCUCACCAUCGCGGCGGCGCUCAGUGUUCAAUCCCCCUUCCUGAGAAGCGCUCAGAACAAUCCGGACUGCGCCACGGCCCGCAAGCCCCUGGAGAGCAGCCAGGGAGACCCCUUCACCCUGCUCAAUGCCUUCAACGAGUGGGUGCAGGUGAAGUCAGAGAGGGGCGGUACCUCGAGGAAGUGGUGUCGCCGACGAGGCCUGGAGGAGCAGAGGCUCUACGAGAUGGUCAACCUGCGCCGCCAGUUCAAGGAGCUGUUGCGGAGUCACAGCCUGAUCGACACAGAGGGCAACUCCUCCUCCAGACAGGACAGCUACCAGCGCCGACAGAGACACGGCGAGCGCAAGCAGCUCCACCGGCUGAAACGAGAGCACGAGAAGCAGGAGAGCGGCAAGCGCAAAGUGCUGAGGCUGGAGGGAGAGGAGUCCGGAUCCUCCAGCGAUGAAGAGAGGGGCAGGGGGAGGAAGGACAAUGCUGUCGAUAUCCAGGACGUGAAAUUCAAGCUGCGUCACAGCGUGCCAGAGCUGCGUGAGGCUGCCGCUUCCAGUCAGGACCUGUCCCGACGCCAGCAGGCUCUGCUCAAGCUGGUGCUGUGCAGGGGGCUCUACCCACAGCUGGCACUGCCCGACGAGCACAACGCCAACCGCAAGGACUCCGACCAGAUCUUUCACACACGAAGCAAGCAGGGCGUGGUGAUUCACCCAACCAGUGUGUUUGCCAGCGAUCCAGAAGUGCUUCAUAUCCAAGAACACGAGAAAAAGGAAACGGGUCCUGAUAAAGAAGAGAGCAGUAAGCACCAGAUCCUGGCAUAUGUGUCCUUGCUGGAGACCAACAAGCCAUAUAUCGGGAACUGUGUCCGCUCCCCAGCAUUGCAGACACUUCUGCUGGUGGCCCGCUCUCUGGACACCAAUGCUGACUGUACCCGGAUCGUGGUGGAUGGCUGGCUGGAGCUCGGGCUCAGUGAUGCGGAAGCAGCCCUGCGGACCCUCUCCUCUGCCCUACAGCUGCGUGGAAGCUGGGAGCGCCUCCUCAACGUGCAGCUGGGCAGCCGGCGUGGGGAUGAGGGGCCCACGGGGCCUGCAGUGAGCAGUAAAGACGUCGCCAAGCUUGCUGACUCGCUGCUCAAGUUCCUGCUCUACAUAGAGAUCAGUUACAGUCUGCGGCGUCUCACUGGCCUGGAGUCCCAGAACCUUUACAUCGGACCGCAGGCCGACCCGGGCCUGCCCACCCUCGCCAGCCUGUUCCCCUCAGCGGAUGCAGAGCCUGACCCAGUGAAAGGAGGGCUGAAAGUCACCAGCUUCUUCACCUACAACUGCCUUAGCGGCUCUAAGGAUCUGUACAGCGACUGCCUGCGGAGCUUCUGGAGUUGCCCCCACUGUGACCUUUACAUGCCCCUCACCCCACUAGAGCGCAUGCAACAUGAGGCCGUCUGCAGGCCGCCCGGGGAAGUGCAGCUAGAAGAGGAUGUCUCAGAGCAGCCCAGCAGUAAAGCCAGGUCCUCAACAGCCCUUCAGAGGCAGUACCACUGUGAUGUGUGUGAUCAGGACUUUGAAUUCACCUCCACUGAGAUACUGAAACACAGGAGGCAGCACCAGUGAUUUAUUCAGCGAGACUCUGGAAGCAAUUUUACAGUUCAGGUCAAAUCAUUAACUUGGGGGUGGGGGGAAUCCUAAAACUGUAUUCAAUAAAUGCUUAAUUUAUAAGACACAUUGUAUAAGACACAAAACCUGCCCUGGAUUUUUUAUUUUCAGUAAAACUGGUGCAGAUUUUCAGAAUACUAUGUUGUGCCAGAUUUUGUCAUGCAUCAUUUGGGUGGGUGGGUGUUAAAACAGUCCUUACUUUUAAUCCAAUAACAGAGUAAAUACCACUUCAGUAAGUUAAAACAAGAGAAACAAAAUGUUUUGGGGGCUUUUUUUAUUCUAGCACUGCAUAACACAAAGCAUGUAUCAGAUACAGAAAAAGUAAUCGUGUGUGUAAUAUAGAUAUACACACACACAUUUUACAAUAGUUAUAACAAAAUAUUUCUCCAAAUCAAACUGACCAAUAGUACAGAAACCCAAAAUGUUCUAUAGUGUGAUACAGAUGCUUAUAGACUGUCUGGUACCCUAACUUUUUUUGUACAGGAGACUAAAACAUUCACCAUGAUAUGUUUUAUAAUCCAUUAAAGUUUCAAUGAAAAAAAAAAACAAACAAAAAAAAACACACACUUCACAAAAAUAGGAACAAAACAAAUCCAAUUCCAUUUAAAGUAAGAGGCUUAAUGUAGUUCUAAGCACAUGCUGAGGAAUUUUAAAAAGUUAUACACAGUAUAACUAUUGCCAUUCCUGAAUUUUGACAUGUUGGACUUUUAAAAAAUAGAUUUCUUUUUUAAAUUCUUUUAAAUAAUUUUAUAUUGUUUAGAUUUUACAAGUACUGUAUUUCAAAAUAGCAGGCCAUUUGUAUCCUGUAUUUUAUUUCAACAAUUUUUCUAACUACAUUUUACGAUAAGUAAUCCUUAAAAAUAUCAGAAUUUUAAUUCUAUUGUUUCUUUGACUGUUUUCAUGCAAGGUCUUAUUUGAAAGGGUUUAAACCCACAUUUAUGCAACUUGGCACCUACAAAAUAUUUCAAGCCAUUGUAUUUCUGCUUUUGUAAAUGCCCAACAGAAGAACAAAACAACAAGGGCCAACAAUAUCCAUCUUUUAUGUAGCAGCAAGUAGGUAUAAAAAAACAGGGACGCACCACUUUUACACAAUUGUAAUCCCUUUUUAAAGCUUAAAAGUAAUGCUUGACAAAAUCGCAAGAAAAAAGAUUCAUUGAAUUGUACAUUAUUCCAAGCUGGACACUGCAAUUCUGUAAAGUGUGUAUCUGGUAUCAACUGAAAACGCACAGCAUGCAAGGUAUACCGUUAACAGAUGCAAGUUUUAUUUUUACAACUGAAUUUACACCCAAGAACACAGGUAACAAAACUGCCUUGUGUGCUGGACCUCAAAGACAUGUGAUACCACACCUUUUAAUACAAUGGUAAACUAGUUAAUUAUCUUUUGCUUAGAUACGUACAACUAAGCAUUGCUUUCAGAAGAUGUCCCCAUAUCUCCUUAAAGAUGGCUUUGGAAACUUGUCAAAAAGAAAUCAAAAUCGGUUAUAACUUAAAACUAGACUUGAUACUUUUUGCAUUUUGUCUAAAGAAAACAUAAUCUUGUGCAUCUAUGGAGGGAACACAAAAUCCCAAUCGGACCUUGAUCAUAAUGUUUUUACACCACAACUCACACAUGUACAAGUACCAAGUAUUCCCAAUAUUUUUCUUAGAUCAGAA